GUCAGCUGAUCUUGACAACUGCACAAGAGUUGUGUUUUUUGGUAAUUCGUAAUUCCUUCAAGAACCGGAAACCAAUUAGGCCGAAUAUAAAUAAGAACUGAGAAUUAGUAACAACUAUUUAACUAUGCUAUUAAUACGGAACACGAUCUAAGUUAGUGUAAGCUUGUGAAACUAUGAAAAUAUUUAGGGUACAAAUAUAAAAGAGUAAUAACUAUUUAUUUGAACAGUGCAACUUCAUAAAUAACCAGUUUGAUCGCGUAAACAAUAUUGUACAAAAUGAUUAUAUUAAAAUUACUUUUUUGUGUGUGGAUUUCUUUGCUGGGUGUUCCACCUGAAGUUUUGGGCGAAAAUGAAUAUAUAGGGCCAAUGCCAAAGAAUACAAACAAUGAAAUAAUGAAUGAUGAAAUGUUUAACUGGAAAGUUCCAAGGUCGAAAAGAGAUACUGUGCAAAACAUCGCAAGUUCCAGCGAAUCUAAUUUAACGGAUCAUUUAACUAAUUCGACUACUUCAACAACAAGUUCAACUGAAGCUUCUAACAUUGUUUAUGAUGUAGGACCUUCAAAUUCUUCCAUAUUGGCCGUAGUACCUGUAAAUAUUUCAUCAUCUGCUACUCCUAAUGCGUCUGAUGUGAAUCCUUCGGAUGCAGCACCACUACCUGGCAAAAGUUCAGCUGAAGAUGAACAUAACAGUUCAAUGGCUAUAUUUUUUGUACUUUGCAUAUUGGCUCUUGGCAUACUUUUAAUCCAUCUGAUGCUACAAACUGGCUUUUCAUACCUGCCUGAAAGUGUUGUUAUAGUAUUUUUAGGUGCAUUGAUUGGUAUGAUUAUCAACCUAAUGUCAAUAAAAAAUAUUGCUAAUUGGAGGAAGGAAGAGGCUUUUUCACCAACUGCAUUUUUUCUUGUUUUGUUGCCUCCAAUAAUUUUUGAAUCAGGGUAUAAUCUACAUAAGGGAAAUUUCUUCCAAAAUAUAGGUUCAAUCUUGUUGUUUGCUAUAGUUGGAACUGCUAUAUCUGCAUUUGUGAUUGGUGCUGGUAUUUACUUAUUGGGUUUGGCUCAAGUAGUUUACAAAUUGAGUUUUGUUGAAUCAUUUGCCUUUGGUUCUCUCAUUUCUGCUGUAGACCCUGUAGCUACUGUAGCCAUAUUUCAUGCACUUGAUGUUGAUCCAGUGUUGAACAUGUUAGUGUUUGGAGAAAGUAUAUUGAAUGAUGCAGUUGCUAUUGUCCUUACAACAGCUGUUUUAGAUUCAAAUGAUCCUUUGAUGUCUACAACUGAAGCUAUUUUGUCAGCAAUAAACCGUUUUUGGUUAAUGUUCUUUGCAUCAGCCGGUAUUGGAGUUCUUUUUGCACUUAUAAGUGCACUCCUUUUAAAACAUGUAGAUCUUCGUAAGAAUCCAUCUCUUGAAUUUGGUAUGAUGUUGGUGUUUACUUAUGCUCCUUAUGUAUUGGCUGAAGGUAUUCAUUUAUCAGGAAUAAUGGCAAUAUUGUUUUGUGGAAUUGUGAUGUCGCACUAUACUCAUUUUAAUCUUUCAACUGUAACUCAAGUUACUAUGCAACAAACUAUGAGGACUCUUGCAUUUAUUGCUGAAACCUGUGUCUUUGCAUAUUUGGGACUUGCUAUAUUCAGUUUCAGACACCGUGUUGAACCAGCAUUAGUAGUUUGGAGUAUUGUGCUUUGUUUACUUGGAAGAGCUGCAAAUAUUUUCCCUCUUGCUCUGCUAUGCAACAAAUUCAGGGAGCACAAAAUAACAAAGAAAAUGAUGUUUAUAAUGUGGUUUAGCGGAUUACGAGGCGCCAUAUCUUACGCGUUAUCGCUUCAUCUGGAUUUCUCUGAUGAAACACGUCACGUCAUUAUAACAACGACUCUUAUAAUCGUUUUGUUUACUACUUUAUUCUUCGGAGGUUCGACUAUGCCGUUAUUGAAAUUUUUACGCGCCAACAAGAAAGUAAAGCGAUCGAGGUCCUUACGUAAACAGAAGGAAGUUAGCUUGUCGAAAACAAAAGAGUGGGGACAAGCCAUUGACUCUGAGCACUUGUCUGAAAUUACCGAAGAAGAACUUGAGGUUAAUUAUUCUCACACAACAAGGCUUAAAGGCUUUGUCAGGUUGGAUAUGAAAUAUUUAACACCAUUCUUCACGAGGAGAUUCACGCAUCAGGAAUUAAAAGAUUGCAAGAGUCAGAUGACGGACCUCACAAAUCAAUGGUACCAAGCUAUCAGAAUAUCUAAUGAUCAUGAAACAGACGAGGAUGAGAGCUUACAAGCAAAUUCUCUUUCUAAUUCCCAAACAAAUCUUCAAAGAGGCGUAUAAGAAAAAAAUAAUGAACAAAAUAAAAUGGAAGUGCAAUAUAUUAAUGUUUUGCAAGUGUAUAUUGAUUAUACAUAUAUAAGCUUUUCAUAAGUUUUAAUAAUGUUACUGUGUACAUGUCAGAUAGGCAGGGCCUAAGACAUUGAAAAUGUAAAAUUUUAAUCUUAAAUGUAUGUGAUAAAUUAAUCUUUUUCAAAGUAUUAAUAUUUAUUAUAAAAUUGUUUGACAGUUAUACUUAUUGACAUAUUUUUAUAUAAUUAAAAAUUACUACUGCACAUUUCCUUUACAAACAAAUAUUUUAGCUAUUAUAAAUCUUUGCUACUUUUAAAUUAGGAUAACAGUUAGUACAAUUUUGUCUCAUGUGAUAUUGAACUUGAUUUAGUCAAUAAUAGUGAUGAAUUACCAAACUGUAUUAUUAAAUUAAUUUGCAUUGGCACAUAGAUUUUGUCGAAGACUCCAAAGCAAAUAAGAUUGUGUUUUGGUUGUGUCAUAUUAAAUAUGUACUUAGUUUUAGAAAAUAUUUGUUAAUGUAUUUUUUAUCUAUGACAUAGUUUCAAUUUACAUAUUCAAAUUACUCAUGGUAAUGUAAAUGCAUUCACCCUAUAUAAGGUAUUUUGUGAGGUAUUUUGAUUUAAAUCCUUAAUUUUAGUUAUUAAUUUUUAAUAAUGAAUUGAGUAUUCAAAAUCAUGAGAUUAUUUUAUAAAUAUUCUACAUAUUUUAUAAUUUGAAACUAUCUUUUUUUUUGCUCAAAUAUGAAUGUACAGAUAAUCAUUUUCUAUGAUAGUAUCUUAUUACAUUUAGAUUAUUGCCUUAUUUUAAAAUCAGUAUCUCGCGAUUUCAUCCACUAUGCCACAAACCGGGUCCCAAUUUUUUUUUCGUUUUUGGCACUUUAUAAAUUAAGAUGCAAAAAAAUAAUAACUCAUAUUCACAAAAAGUCCUUUUUUUAAUGUGUUAUUUUAGUCCAAUACAAUCAAAUUUAACCAACGACACAUUUAUACAUUUUUAUCAUUUCAGUUAAAAUGAAUUUACAAUGUUUUAGCAAUGUAUAAAUAGAAUAUGUUUGUUUAUAUAUGAUGGCAUAAUGGAUAAAUAUAUAAUUUUAGCAUUAAUAUUUAUAUAAAAAUACUAAAAUUAUAGUACUAAUAAUUCAAUACAACUUUUGAUAAUAAGAUCAUAAUUCAAAUAUAUUUUGACAACCGUCAAAUCUCCUCACUCAACACUCUAUUCCACUUAACUCCUCUCUGCACACCUCAUAAUAUCUUUGUUACUAUAUCAUUUAGGAGUCCCAUCAGAACAAUCAAUAUUCAUUAUCAUGACUGGCCAGCCAAGAUGAUUCAAAAAUAUGACCUAUUUAAAAUGUCUUCAAGAUAUUUCUUUUCUUUUCUUCAUUCUUUUAUAAGUUAGGGAAAUUUGUAAAUCAUAUUUUCAACUGCAAACAUUUUAAUAUAUAUUUAAUUAAACUUCAUUAUAAGUUUUAUCACUAAUAAUAAUGAAUAUCAUUAUUGUCGGUACAACUGGACUAUGUUCUCUUGUAUGUUAGUACAUAGACUAAGGUAAAACAUAUAAAUGAGGUAAAUAGUUUGUUCAUUUUCAAAAAUGAAUUUGCUGCUGCAAUGCAUUAAAUUUUUUUGAGAGCUUAAAUAAGUGAUAAUAUUGAAAUGCCCAACUGUGACAUAUUAUUUCAAUCAUUAUAAGCAAGUAUGUUGUGUCCUUAAGACACUUCACAAUUAUAAUUUGCUAUCUUGAUUUUUAGUUGUAUUGACUUAUGUUUACAAUAUAUUCCAUCACAAUAUUAAAAAUAAUAUGUUGGAUUACUUCUAGGUUUCAAAAAUAUUUUGUUUAUAUAUUUUAAUGAUAGCAACUCAUUAAUCAGUGAAGUACUUUUUUAAUUAUGGUGGUAUUAAAUUAUUUGUAGAGAAAGUGUUCCCAAAAGUAUGUAUGCAAUAAGUAUUAAAAAUUGUCUCAUUGUGAACAGCCUCUUGGAUUGAGGCUUCAAUAUAGUAAAUGUAUUUAAAAUUGUGAAUAUUAAUAUUUGUGUAAUAAAUAAGUUCCUACUACAAU